AUGGAACAAGCUUCUCGAAAUAAUGAGGAAAUAAUGCCAUUCAUGAAGAGAUGGUUGAAUGAUGUGGAGCAAAUUUUAGUGAAUGUGCAAGAAAUGCAACAAAAGGUUGAAAUGGAUGGAAAAGAUUGUUUCAAGGUGUCACUGAGGUAUUCCUUAGCAAAAGAAAUGGAUCAUAAGGCAAAGCAGAUGAUAGAUCUAAAACACGUCUACUUUGAAAGAGACUUUGUGCAUUUCAAGUCAAGGAAAUCAACUUAUAAUGAUCUUUUAGAGGCAAUUAAAGGUGGAUAUGACAAGAUGAUUGGACUCUAUGGCAUAAGCGGCUCAGGUAAAACAACUUUGGCAAAGGAAGUUGGCAAGGAAGUGCAUGAUUUGAAGCUUUUUGAAAAGGUCAUCAUGGUGGUUGUUUCAAAAGCUCCAAAUGUUGUAAAGCUUCAGCAAGAAAUUGCAGAGCAAAUAGGUUUGAAAUUUCAGGAGAAAAGCCCAUUUGUAAGAGUACAAAGGUUAUCAAAUGAAUUGAAAAAUAAGAAGAUUCUUAUAAUCCUAGAUGAUGUGUGGGAGUGUCUAAACCUUGAAGAAAUUGGCAUUCCACUUGUUGAAGGUUGUCACAUCUUGUUAACAACUUGCCUUACAGAUGUAAUGGACCUUAUGCGUUGUACCUGUAAGAUUGAACUAUCUUCGAUGACUAAGGAGGAGGCAUGGAACUUAUUCAAGAAGCAUGCAAACCUACACAACGAUGCCUCAAAUAUGUUUGAUGAUACGGGAAGGAAAAUUGUUGAUGAGUGCAACGGGCUGCCAAUUGCAAUUGUAGUGGUUGGAAGUUCCUUAAGGGGAAAAAAUAUUGAAGCAUGGAAAUCAGCACUAUGGAUACUCCAAUCGAAUGUUAGACAAGGUUUAGGGACUGCUUAUGCAUGUCUCAACUUGAGUUAUAGUAGUUUGCCCAGUUCCACAGCCAAGUCGCUCUUCUUAUUAUGCUCUAUGUUCCCUGAAGAUCAGAAAAUCCACAAAGAAGAUCUAAUUCAAUUUGGCAUGAGGACACUUGACCUAGAGGAGUCUAUUGUCACAAUAGAGGAUGCAAGGAGAGUGAUUUUUGAUGCUCUUCAGAUCUUGUUGGAUUCUUCUUUGUUAAUGAGUAUAGAGAAGGAAGCAUGUGUGAAAAUGCACAACUUAGUUCAAGAGGUAGCCUUAAUGAUUGCAGAGAAGCAAGGUCAAGCGAUUUUGGUGGGCAGCAAUAAAGUUCCAAACAUUUUGCUUCGCAAUCGCGAAAUUCUGAAAGAUACAAAAGCAAUGUCAUUAUGGGAUUUGGAUGAUAAUUUCAAUCUCUCUGAUCAAUUGCAUUGUCCAAAACUAGAGAUUUUGCUACUUCAACCUCAUAGAUUUAUUGAAGAUCUAGGGGCAAUAAAAGCACUCAAAGUCUUGGCACUCAGAGAAUAUGGCUUUGAGGGGGGACUUCGGAAGGGCUUUGAAUCGGGGUUUCAGAAGGGAUCAUCUGUUUGUUCAAUCCCGCAAUCAAUUGUGUCAUUAACAUAUCUUCACACCUUAUGUAUUAGAGGGAAAAUAUUGGGUGAUAUCUCUCUGUUGGGUGAACUCAAAACAUUGGAGAUUCUUGACUUACGUGGUUCUCUGUUUGAUGAAUUGCCUGUUGGAAUUGUAGACAUGAAAAUGCUAAAACUUUUGGACAUAUAUGAUUGUCGAAUUGAGAAAAGCCCUAUAGAAGUAAUUGGGAAAUGUGAGCAACUUGAAGAAUUAUACUUUUUGGACCACAGAUCCAUCAUCCCACAUAAUUUCUCUCUUUCAAGAUUGAAGAGGUAUGUUCUCUAUGACUCCACAUGUAGUAUAAUUGGUGCAUAUGAAGAUGACCCCUUUCAAGAAUAUCUAGAGAGUUGUGGUGAAGCAUUAAGAGCUUUAUGCAUACAAGGCUUUAGAGUCUCUGCUUUGAAUUCAUCAAUGAAAAAUCUCAUUCUUAGAGCAAAUCAUCUUUGGCUAGAUAAUUGUGAGUGGGAUCAUGAAGAUAUAAAUCUUCAAAUAAACCACUUAGGGGUAUCAUGCUGUCAAGAGAAAAGAUUCAUCAUUGAGAAGCCUGGUGUGAACAUUCUUCAAAAAGAAGUGUUCUCACACUUGAUCACUUUAAGAUUGUUUGAAAUGAAUAGUCUUGAACAAAUGUUUCAAGAUUCCAUACAAAUUCCGAGCUUCCAUAGACUUGAAGAGAUUAGACUGUAUAGAUGCCCAAGAUUAAGAAAUAUGUUCACUCUUGCUAUUGUUACAAGCCUUCCAGAGUUGAGGAAACUUGAUGUAAGAGGAUGCAAUGAAUGGGAGGGAAUAUUUUGUGAACAGUCACUUAAGAAUCUGUCUACUCCUUCCACUAGUGUCUUCUUCCCCAAACUUGUGACUAUUCUUAUAUGGAAUUGCCACAAAGUGAGAAGGGUGUUCUCAUAUUCUCUGGCAUCUCAUUGUCCUUCAUUGAAGAAAAUAACCAUAGGGAAUUGCUGUGAACUGGAGGGAGUUGUUGAAGCUUAUGACGGUGAAGUAGCUGCUCAUGAUCAAACGCUGUUCCCUAAACUGAAUUAUUUGAGGCUCUGGGAUUUGCCAAAGUUGAGAGAGAUUUAUGAAGGUUAUGAAUCCAACCACCUUUCUAGUACUAUAAUAAUAAAAGAUUGUCCAAACAUAUCAAAAAUCCCACUAGAAGACAAGCCCUCAUCAUCAGGUUCGUAG